GUCGUGUCCUUGUAGGGCCUGUAUUCAGUGUGCCUCCUGUUGAUGAACAAGUACAAGAACAUGUAGUUACUACACAGGGAUGCACAGCAGUAGAGGAACGUGGUCCUAGAACAGAAAGCCGGAAGCCCUGUCGUUCACCAGCUGCAGCCUUCAGUGUAGGCGUUCUUUUCUCGCGCUGGCAAAACGUGUUGAAAAGCAAUGCAGCUGCGAACAUUGUCGAACAUUUGUUCAGAAAUUGUUGUACCACAAGGAGUAGGACAAGAAUGGCGGAGGAGAGUCCUCAUAAACAAGAGGAGGAACAACGGCGCCCAGAGUGUGAG